UCAUGGCGUCUGCCAAGUAACAACGCUUUACACCGCGUUAACGAGUGCCUUACGGUUUUUAGGUUGAUGUUACCGCGUCGCCGUGCUCAUCACUCCGCAUACCGCGCCAGCGAGCCGUUUUCUACUUUUUUCUACAUUUUUCUACGUGUAGAAGCGCAGCCCGAGUCUCCCUAAGAGAUCUUCCGCCCGUGCAACGGUGUGUGCAACUAGUGCAUCCGCGGCGACGACGGCGGUGGUGGUGGUUCGCGACAGCGGUUCAUCGCGAAUAGGAGACCAUUGUUUUGAAAAUGCCUACACAGACGGCAGAGAACGAUGACAUUCGAGUGAAAAUUGUAUAUAAUGGGGAAAUACAAAUCACGUACAUCACUCCCGGCAUUUCAGUGGAUGCAUUGCGCGAGGAGAUGCGAACGAUAUGUGGCUUCGGCACAGAGCAAUUUACGAUGAAGUGGGUGGAUGACGAAGGCGACCCAUGCAGGAUCGCCUCGCAGCAGGAGUUGGAUGAAGCGCUGAGGCUGUAUGAACUCGAGAAGGACACGGAAAUAACUAUCCACGUUUUUCCGAACGUGCCGCCUGCUCCCGGGAUGCCGUGCCAAGGAGAAGACAGAAGCAUCUACAGACGUGGCGCUCGUAGAUGGAGGAAGCUGUACCGAGUGAAUGGCCAUAUUUUUCAGGCGAAACGAUUUAAUCGGAGGGCCUUCUGCGCGUUCUGCCAGGAUCGGAUCUGGGGCCUCGGACGACAGGGAUUCAAGUGCAUCCAAUGCAAACUGCUCGUGCACAAAAAAUGUCACAAGGUGGUACGCAAGCCAUGCCUGAGCCAGCAGCAACAGCAGCAGCAGAGCGCGGAGUCGCAGACGAUCGACAGAAAUGGCGACCAACAGCUUGAUCCGUAUCCAUGCGGCCCAGCGACUCAUCUCGAGGAUGAGGUCACAGAAUCGCCAAUCAUUGAGGAGCAUUCGCGCGAUCGAAUCGGACAUGAAGAAGGGGAAGAACUACCAUUGGACACAUUGAACGAGGGUGAUACUUCAAACGACAUGCAACGGCAGUAUUCGUUGAACGACUUCGAGUUGAUUAGGGUGAUCGGCCGUGGUUCCUAUGCAAAGGUCUUGAUGGUGGAGCUGAAGCGUACCAAGAGGAUUUACGCCAUGAAGGUAAUCAAGAAGUCCCUGGUGACAGACGACGAGGACAUCGAUUGGGUGCAGACAGAGAAACACGUAUUCGAGACAGCCUCCAAUCAUCCCUUUUUGGUGGGCCUACACUCUUGCUUCCAGACGCCGUCGCGUCUGUUUUUCGUGAUUGAAUUUGUACGUGGUGGAGAUCUCAUGUUUCACAUGCAAAGACAGCGCCGUCUUCCUGAGGAUCACGCGCGGUUUUAUGUAGCUGAGAUUAGUCUGGCGUUAAAUUUCCUACAUGAAAAGGGUAUUAUAUAUAGGGAUUUGAAACUGGAUAAUGUAUUACUUGAUCAUGAAGGGCAUGUUAAGCUUACGGAUUAUGGAAUGUGCAAGGAAGGCAUCCGGGAGGGCGACAACACCGGUACCUUCUGCGGCACUCCCAAUUAUAUUGCUCCUGAGAUUCUACGUGGCGAGGAAUACAGCUUUUCAGUGGAUUGGUGGGCUCUAGGAGUCCUAUUGUAUGAGAUGUUGGCAGGCCGUAGCCCCUUCGAUCUUACUGGCGCGGCCGAAGACCCAGACAAAAACACUGAGGAUUUUCUAUUUCAAGUCAUUCUGGAGAAGACCAUACGUAUACCGCGGUCCUUGUCCGUUAAGGCUGCAUCUGUCCUUAAAGGAUUUCUUUGCAAAGAUCCGGCGGAAAGGUUGGGUUGCGGAAAGAGGCCUUCUGGCUUCCUCGACAUUGUCGCUCAUCCUUUCUUUAAAGCAAUUGAUUGGGAAAUGCUGGAGCAAAAACAAGUUACACCACCUUACAAGCCACGUUUGGAUUCCGAUCGCGAUCUUGCAAACUUCCCACCCGAAUUUACAGAUGAGGAAGUCCGUUUGACUCCAGAUGAUCCGAAACAAAUUGAGAAGAUCGAUCAGAGUGAAUUCGAUGGUUUUGAAUAUCGUCACAAUCAAGACCAGCAGCAACAGUAUCAACUGCAGCAGUGCUACAUGUAUGAAUUACAAGACAGACUCGCAAAACUUCGUAUCGAUCCCCUACUCCCCGUUGUCGGCUCAAGCAAUCAAGGUUAUCAUAAUAACGUAUUUCUUAUGACGUACUCGGAGGAGAAUGAGAACGACAAUAAUUAUAACGAGCAUCAUCGGCUACCGCCACCCUUCCCCUUCCGAUACGAAAGUCCGGCAUACUCUCGUUCUCUAAGUAUUACAGACGUAACUUACAACCCAGGCAAUAAUAACGCGAUUGUUAGCAAUUAUGACGAGAACGACUAUGACGAUAUGGAGGAUGAGAAUCCGCGAAAAGGUCUUCUGAAACAGAUAUUUUGCCUUCCAUUAAACUAAAGCUCGAUUCGAGCUUCUUAAAAUUUUGUGUCCACGAUGCUAGAAAUCGCUCCGAGACCUCUAAUGGAAAACGAAUUAACAAAUCAUUUGAACAAUUGACCGAUGCGAUUUAGGCAACUCUUUUUCCGAGAUCUCUCGGAGUAAUUUUCAUCGAAAACACAAGAUUUAAAAGGAUAAAGUUGCCUCUGAUUCGAUUACUCGAUACGCAUUUUUGUAGA